ACAUGUAAUGGAGAAGAUGGCACUAGAAACACACACACACAUACACACAAUAUAGAAAGAAGAGAUUCAAAAGGCAUGCCCACUAAUUAAAAAUGGAGUCAUAAUAUUCUCUUGAAUCCACCCACAACUCACACAACAAUCCAUAAUAAAUGUCAGCCUCUGAUUCCAAACCAUGUAUUAAAUGCUGCAGCUGGAAAACCCACCCACCUUCCACAAAAAAACUCCCCUAAUCUUUUUCAACUUUUCCUCUCUCUAAAUGGAUCCUUUAACGUCUUCAAAUGUCCACUCCAAUUUCCACCACACCCCCUUCUUCACCACCCAAUUACCUAACAAACCUUGGCCUUGGCUAUUCCAUUGCCAUUGCUCUUGGUUUUUUGGUUCUUUUUUCUACUAUUCUUCUUGCUUCUUACAUCUGUUGCCGUUACUCUCGCUAUCGUAAUUCUAACCCCCAGAACAAUAACCCAAAUAUUACCCACAACCCUAAUUCUGAUGGAAUCAUUGUCCCUCGUGUAUUUUUCGUUGCUGAAGAUGAUGAUGACCAAGGCCAAAACCAAGAUGAUGAUGCCAUAGUUGUUGGGUUAGACCAAUCUGUCAUCAACUCAUAUCCCAAGUUUCAGUUCACUAAAGAUAAUAUUUCCGGCGGUGGUUUUGAUAGUAAUAAUACGACUUGUUCGAUCUGUCUCUGCGAGUACAAAGAUUACGAGAUGUUAAGAAUGAUGCCCGAAUGCCGACACUAUUUUCAUCUCUGUUGCAUUGAUGCUUGGUUAAAGCUUAAUGGGUCGUGCCCAGUUUGUAGGAACUCGCCGUUGCCGACCCCUCUUUCUACCCCGUUACAAGAGGUCGUGCCGUUGGCUCAAUACGCUGCUGAUCGGAGGAGGUGAUUGAUAAUAUGCCAUAUGGGUUUAGUUCGGUUUGGAUUUUUUACAGUUGGGUGGGUGAUUUGGGGAUUUUGUUUGUGUGUUUGGGCGUGGUUUGGAUUGGAUGAUUGUAAAAAUUCAAUUUUUGUUAAUUUUUUUUUAUAAGUAGUUAUAGCGUUACAGGGGUUUUUGUUUGAUGGAUUCUGGGGCUUUGAUUGGAUAGAUAUUUAGAGUACAAAAGACAUGAGUGGUUGAUGUCUUACGCUCGGCAGAACUGAUAAUCAAUUGAGUAAAGUUUAUCA